UUCACAAAAAAUUCACCAUUCCCACAAAAAAUUUCAAGCUAUUUUCACUUUUCACUUCCCCUCCAAGCUCUCUCCGUCCCUUCUCAUCAUCUCUUCUAUCUCCUCCCUCCUCUUCUCUCUCUAGACCCUAAAAUCUUAAAAUCCACACUAAGAAUCAAUAAAUUCUCUAAAACCCAACUGAGCGAGGCUGUGGGAUUUUGAUCUUCAGAGUUUUUUUUUGGCUGACAAUGGCGGGAGCGGGCCAUGCAAUCGGGAUUGACCUAGGGACAACAUACUCUUGCGUGGCUGUGUGGCAGCAUGAUAGUAUAGAAGUUAUAGUGAAUGAUCAGGGCAACAGGACCACUCCUUCUUAUGUUGCUUUCACAAAUAAUGAGCGCUUGAUUGGUGAUGCUGCAUACAAUCUGGUAAUAAGAAACCCCACCAACACCAUCUUCGACGGAAAAAGGUUAAUUGGUAGGAGGUUCAGUGAUGAAUGUGUUCAAAAUGAUAUGAAGCAUUGGCCAUUCAAGGUCAUUCAAGGUCCUGAUGAUAAGCCAAAGAUUGUGGUUACCCACAUGGGCGUAGAGAAACAAUUCGCUGCUGAAGAAAUCUCAUCUCUGGUUCUUGUGAAAAUGCAGGAGAUUGCUGAGGCCUACCUCGGUUCAACUGUGAAAAAUGCAGUUAUCACAGUCCCUGCCUACUUUAACGACUCACAGCGACAGGCUACGAAAAAUGCAGGUGCUAGUGCUGGGCUAAAUGUGAUGCGUAUCAUCAAUGAGCCGACUGCUGCAGCCAUUGCUUAUGGUCUUCACAAGAAGGCCGGUUGGUAUAGCAAGAGAAAUGUGAUGAUAUUUGAUUUGGGUGGUGGUACUUUGGAUGUUUCACUACUUACCAUAGCUGAUAGUGUCUUUGAAGUGAGGGCCACUUCUGGAGACACUCAUCUAGGAGGUAGUGACUUUGAUAACAGAAUGGUGAAUUAUUGUGUUGAGCAAUUCAAGAGGAAGCAUAAAGUGGACAUUAGUGGAAACUCCAAGGCUCUUAUGAGGUUAAGAAAUGCCAGUGAGAAGGCGAAGAGGAGGCUUUCAUUUACGUCUGAGACUGACAUUGACAUUGAUUGUUUGGAUCAGGGUGUUGAUUUCUGCUUAAAUAUUACCCGUGCCAAAUUUGAGCAACUCAACAUGGAUUUCUUCGAAAAAUGCGUGGAGCCUGUUCAGAAGUGUUUGAAGGAUGCUAAUAUGGACAUAAGCAGCAUCCAUGAUGUUGUCCUUGUUGGUGGCUCUUCUAGGAUCCCCAAGGUGCAACAGCUAUUGCUGGAUGUGUUCGAGGGGAAGGAGCUGUGCAAAGGGAUUAAUCCUGAUGAGGCUGUGGCAUACGGUGCUGCUGUUCAUGCUGCUGUCUUGAGUGGUGGGAAUCUUACUGGGAAGCUUGAAGACUUCACACUCUUGGAUGUCACCCCUCUGUCACUUGGGGUGGCGACUUCACUCUCUACGGGUGAGAAACAUUUUAUGAAAGUUGUGAUUCCAAGAAACACCAGAAUUCCCGUAACAAAGAACCAGAAUUUGACUACUGCGUGCGACAACCAAGCUGUGGUUCCAUUCCGUAUUUAUGAGGGUGAGAGUUCAACAACCACAAAUAAUAACCUUUUGGAUGAAUUUUACCUCUGUGACGUUCCUCUAGCUCCCCAGGGCGUUCCUGAAUUUGAUGUUUGCUUUGACAUUGAUGUCAAUGGUAUCCUGAGUGUCUCUGCCGAGGACAAGUCUACCGGCCAAAAGAAGGGGAUUACAUUCAACAGUGACAGAAGAACUUCUGAAGGAAUUGAGACAUUUCCUUAAGAAAGUCUAUAGACAUAUGUAAGAGAAACGUUAAUUUCUGGCAUGAAAUAGACUGUAUGACAAAUAGUUUCCAAGAAAAAUCCCAUAAACUUGACUAAAAUCGUCCUCAAGUCCAACAGCUCCAAUCUGCCCGUAUGGCACAUGCCCUGAAA